GGUGUGGACUCCGCCAUCGGGGGAAAGGCACAGAGACUCUUCGACAGGCAGCCCUCGCACGUUUCUAACGUCUUUAACAGCAAGUUGAUCUUCAAAUACUGUUUUUAUCACCUGACUCGGUCUCUCGUUUUAGUUACUGCGGACGAAUUAGUUCGACCGCUCGGUGUAUAGCAUUAUUACCCAAGCGCGUAGUUUUUUUUAACCAUAAUCUAGAAGUAACGGUCAGUGGAGAACCUGAGCAGGCUAGCUAACGUUAGCUAGCGACCUGGCUAGCUGCACACGAGCUGAGCGCUGCUCAGUGGUGGGGUGGGGUGGGGGGGCGGUUUGCCUACAGUGGCGUUUGAUGGAUCCUAGAAUCGCCUGGUUUCAGCCAGAACAACGGGGACCCGCUAACAACCUGUGGAUGCAGAUUUGGGAGACGACGCAGGGGCUCGGGUAUUUGCACGUCAAUAGCAGCUACUCUACGGGAUCUCAGAGCACUCCGAGCCUGAAACCAAUCGUCAACAACGGGGCGUCGGGAGCCGUCCUCACUUGCAGAAACGGGACGCUCGACUCGCACAACGGUGGUGGAGACGUCAAGACUCAGGGGAUGUCUACCUCAGCUGGGGUUGGAGAAAUGACGGAACAGCGGGACUUUAUACCACUGGACACCAACAGCAACCACAACAACCGAGCCGCGGGCAGGGGCGGUGUCGGUGGAGGGGGGCAGCAGGGCAGUGGGGUUGCUGUGCUUUGGAGGGGACUCACGGACGGACACCCCAACAAAAGAAAGAGAGACAAUAAAGCUAGCACUUUCGGAUUCAAUUCCAGUCUCUUGAACGAUGGUUGCGGCUCUAACACGGAAAGAUAUGAAGGUUACACGGGCACGCCUUGGAAAGUCAGGAACUACUCUGAAGGAGUUGUGGGCUUGCACGAGGAAAUCAAGGAUUUCUACGAGUACAUCUCCCCACGGCCAGAGGAGGAAAAGAUGAGAUUAGAGGUUGUGGACAGAAUAAAGGGAGUCAUCAAGAACCUUUGGCCCAGUGCUGAGGUCCAAGUGUUUGGGAGUUUCAGCACUGGCCUUUACUUGCCGACAAGUGACAUUGAUCUGGUGGUUUUUGGGAAGUGGGACACACUGCCUCUCUGGACUCUGGAGGAUGAGCUGCGAAAAAACAAUGUUGCAGAUGAGAACUCCAUCAAAGUUUUGGAUAAAGCGACGGUUCCCAUCAUCAAACUUACUGAUUCCUUUACUGAGGUCAAAGUGGACAUCAGUUUCAACGUGAAUGGAGGUGUUAAAGCUGCUCGGCUCAUCAAGGAAUUUAAGGAGAAAUAUCCUGUCCUGCCUUACCUAGUCCUUGUGCUGAAGCAGUUUCUACUUCAGAGAGACCUCAAUGAGGUUUUUACUGGUGGAAUUGGUUCCUACAGUCUCUUCCUCAUGGCUGUUAGCUUCCUGCAGCUUCAUAACAGGGACGUUUCCAGCCCCAACAUAAACAUCGGUGUUCUGCUAAUUGAAUUCUUUGAGCUCUACGGUCGCAACUUCAACUACCUGAAGACAGGCAUCAGGAUAACAGACGGUGGUUGCUAUGUUGCCAAAGAUGAGGUUCAGAAAAACAUGAUGGAUGGAUACAGGCCCUCUAUGCUCUACAUUGAGGAUCCUCUGCAGCCAGACAAUGAUGUUGGCCGGAGCUCAUAUGGUGCCAUGAAGGUGAAGCAGGCGUUUGAUUAUGCCUAUGUUGUCCUUGGCCAUGCUGUGUCACCCAUUGCCAAGUACUACCCCAACAAUGAGAAUGAGAGUAUACUUGGUCGGAUAAUCCGAGUGACUCAGGAGGUGGAUGAGUAUAGGGAAUGGAUCCGAAAGAACUGGGACAGCCAGUCUCAGAAUGAUCGCUCUCUCAACAGAAAUGACGUCAAACUACUUGAGUCCAAACAGCUUGACGAGUGUAACAACAACUUCCCGGACGACGAAGAUGUUGUGGUUCUUCCUUCUGCUCCUCACAGCAAGUCCUCUUCCAACACUUCUUCUCCACUCCCGUCUCUGGGCUCGUCUCCUUCCUCGUCCCCGCUGUCGCCGUCUUCCACAUCCUCCAGCGAUGGGGAUUCGGAUGGUACUCCAUGCAAGACAGUCAAGCAACAGCCUGUCCGAAAUGCUAGCACACAUAGAGAAAAGUCUACAGUGGUCAGUAAUCACCGCAUACAGAACCACUCUACCAGCACUCCACCUGCAAGCAACAAAGGAGGAAAGGCCAGGAUGUCUCGUUCCAACAACAAGAGCGGCCACCACGGCCAGCAGAACUCGUCCUUCAGCUCCAAAAGUCAUCAGAGCAACAAGCCACACCACCAGGGGAACAGCAAGAAGAGGAAAAACAUACGAGACUCUACACAAGAAGAUCUUUGCAGAUAGGGGUUUGUCUGCUCAUCCGUGUUGUCACCGACAACCAUCUCCCUUCCCCCCACCCACAUCCCCGUCUGCAACUGACUAUCCUAUCCCACUUCUGCUGCCAGAUGGGGGAAGUUGUUAAUUUGAAAACUUCUGCAGAAUCGGUCACCCAUUUUUUAUGGUGGCAGGUAUUUUCUAGCAGAAAUAGGAAAAAAAAAAGUGUUAUUGACCAUAGAUUUAAUUUCUUGGAGCUGAACUGAAU